AUGGAUAUUCUCAAACAACUUAAGACCAUCCAAGACUAAUGCAAAUAAUUAGAGAGGGAAAAUUAUGCUAUCAAACAAACUAGAGGGGACGCUAUUUAAAUGGUAAAGAUGGAGGAGAGAAUCAGAGAACUUGAAGGCCAGCUGAAUAAUUCGUAUCAAGGAUAGUAUUAGUAGACUGAAGAAGUUGUGAAAUAAGUGAGAGAGAAUAAUAACUUAUCUGAGAGAGUUAGAGAACUCGAGAAGAAAAACACUCUCUAUUAAGAUAGAUUGAGAGAAUGUGAAAGCAUCAUGGAGAAGUAGCAGAACGAUUAUGAUAUAUAAUAUUCAUAAGCUAAGACAAUAAAGCAAGAAUACGACGGCUAGAAAUCUAUUAUUGCUCAACUCGAAUUGAGAGUAAAAGAUUUGAGCAUUGAUAACCAAAACUUAGUCAGUAAGAUUUUAUCAUUGAAGGAUGAGCAAGCAAGAGCUUUAAAUGAAGCUAAUAAAAUAUAUAUGGAGGCUUAAAGAAUAAAAUCAGAGGGAAAGAGAUCAUCUUAGAUUGAAGAGGAGAAAAAUUAAAUAAAUUUUGGAUCGAGCCUUAAUUUAGAUGAAUUCAUUAAACCAGAGUACUUGAUCCCUACUCUAUAAGAGAUAAAAGUACCAACAAAGACACAGUUUAAGAUUCCUGCUCAUAAGAGAGAAGUGACAUGUGUAUGCUUUAAUCCUCUAGGGGAUGCUAUUGCAACUGGAGGUGGUGAUGCUUUGAUCAAAAUUUGGAAUGCUAAUACUGGCAAAGAAGAUGGAACAUCACUUAGAGGUUUCUCAAAGCCAAUUACAGAUAUUGCAAUAUCUAUGGACAACGAGCUAUUGGCAGCUAGCUCUACUGAGCAUAAGACUAUGAUUUGGAGUUUGAAGACAAGAAGAACUAAUUAAACAUUUGCUGGACAUAAGGACACUAUUAGCUCAAAUAAGUUUUCUUUCUCAAAGAAAAGUUUGAUCACCGGCUCUCUAGAUAGGACCAUUAAAUUUUGGGAUCUCGAAAAAGGAUUAUGCUCUAAAACUUACAUUGUGAGUGGUCAUUUUGAUUAAGCUAUCAGACUGUGGUCUUUAAGAUCAAAUGAAAUGGUAUAUGAAAUUUAAAAUGCUCAUGAUAGCUCAAUCUCUUGUGUUAAAUUUACUCCAGAUGAAAAGUACUUAGUCUCAACGGGAACUGAUCAUACUCUUAGAGUAUUUGAUUCAAGGACAUACAAGCAAGUGUAUAAAUUUGAACAUGAGAACUAUAAGUGCGGGACCUAAACAAACAAGCUUUGCAUAUCAUCUAAUAGCAGAUACGCAACUAUGGGAUCUCUAAAUGGAAAUAUAAUCAUUUUCGAUAUUCAAAACGGAGAAUUAGAAGAAAUCUAUGAGCAUUUCCACACUACUACUGUAGUUGCUUGUGAAUGGCAACCAAGAGGUAAUAAAUUUGCUUCAAUAGAUAACUUGGGAGGAUUAUAUUUAUGGGAACCUUGA